AUAAAAUGUUCAACGAAAUUAACAACACCGCGUUUCGAAGUCUAUAUGUGCAUAAGUAUAGUGCGGUCUAUUGCAUAAAUAGCCAGCUUCAGUUGUGGUUUUAUUACUAAUACGGCUUAGUUACGUCAACGAAAAUGAUUAUUCAUGUGGUGUUUUCCCUGUUUCUGGGAAUCUUGGGAUCUCUCGGAGCACGUGAAUCAGAUGAAAUAAAGUUCCUCCCUGGCGUUCCAAAGCAGCCUAACUUUAAACAGUACUCGGGAUACUUCGAUGUGGCAGAAAAUAAACAUCUUCACUACUGGUUUGUGGAGUCUCAGAAAGAUCCGUCGGGUAGCCCGGUGGUCUUGUGGUUGAAUGGCGGACCAGGCUGCAGCUCCCUGGACGGUCUGCUCACAGAACACGGUCCUUUCUUGAUUCAAGAUGAUGGCGUGUCGCUGAAGUACAACCCCUAUUCCUGGAACAUGAUUGCCAAUGUGCUGUACCUGGAGUCACCAGCAGGUGUCGGGUUUUCCUACUCUGACGAUAAGAAGUACACCACCAACGACACAGAGGUGUCCAUGAAUAAUUACCUGGCCUUGAAGGAGUUCUUCAAAGCCUUCCCAGAAUACAGCAAGAAUGAGUUCUUCCUGACGGGCGAGAGCUACGGGGGCAUCUAUAUCCCCACCCUGGCGGAGAGGGUGAUGGAAGAUUCCAGCAUAAACCUGCAGGGAAUUGCAGUCGGCAAUGGGAUGUCCAGUUACGAAAUGAACGACAACUCUCUCGUCUACUUCGCUUACUACCACGGACUUCUUGGGACAAGGCUGUGGACUGAUCUACAGGCCUACUGCUGCAAAGAUGGAAUCUGUGACUUCCACAACAACCAGAACCCCAACUGUUCCAUUAGUAUUGAUGAGGUGCAGAAUAUCGUCUACAACUCUGGACUGAACAUGUACAACCUGUAUGCCCCCUGUCCUGGAGGAGUUACCCAGAGAGUCAGUGUCGACAAUGGUGAACUGGUCAUUCGAGAUCUGGGGAACAGUUUCAUCAACUAUGAAAGAACUCGGCUGUGGAGCCAGAAGCUGAAGGGCGUGGCGUCUCUGUACAGGCGUGUGAGGCUGGACCCUCCAUGCACCAACUCUACACCUUCCAACUUGUACCUGAACAACCAGUACGUCAAAGACGCCCUCCACAUCUCCCCUUUGGCUCUGGCCUGGCAGAUAUGCAGCGCUGAGGUGAAUUUUAACUACAAGCGUCUGUAUAUGGAUGUCAGGAAGCAAUACCUGAAGCUGUUGGGAGCUCUGAAGUACAGAGUGUUGGUGUACAAUGGAGAUGUUGACAUGGCCUGCAACUUCCUCGGGGACGAGUGGUUUGUUGAGUCACUGCAGCAGCAGGUUGAGGUGAAGAGGAGGCCCUGGACCUACUACACUGGCGAGAGCCAGCAGGUGGGAGGGUUUGUCAAGGAAUUCUCCAACCUGGCUUUCCUCACCAUCAAGGGCUCUGGUCACAUGGUCCCGACAGACAAGCCAGUGGCAGCCUUCACCAUGUUCAGUCGCUUCAUCAACAAACUUCCAUACUGAUCUGGGGUCUGGGAUCAAAGCCUACAGGCACAACCUACUGUCCGUCUCUCUGUCUUCACUGUUUCUCAUUUGAUUUGCACUAGCUCAUGAUCCAACAACACUCACGUGCCCUCCAAGCUUUUUGUUAGCCUGUUCCCAUAUCUGUCCUAUCGUUUUUAAUCAGCCAUAGCAAUUGGCUGGGUCUGGCACACAAACAGAUCUGGGACCAGGACUACAGCUAUGUGUUGUCUCCUUCUAGUGUUUGUCAUUAUACGGUACUGUGAGACAUGCUGCUGAAACCUGGUUUCUCGAAAGGGAGAGAAAGUAUAAUCCGGAUGUUUCCAUUUAGCGUUGCAUUGAUUUCCGCUGUUUGCACAGGUGGAUGAUAUGUUUUUAACCCCUCAGUGGCACAUAAGGAGAUACUGUGGUUCAUCCACUCUGGGAGGAAUCCAAACUUGCACUGAUGUCAGUGAGAGAUUGUUUUACACCAUCAUGCCUGAUUAGAAUUCCCCCCUACUGUAAUGGGCUUAAACUGCAGCCUAUAGGAGUCUGUUCAAUCGGGUAUUACUGUCUUUUGGAAGAAGACUUAAAUGUUUCGUACAUGUACAGUUAUUCAUUGAUGGUGCCUCAUUGCAGAAAUGAUGUAAUCACUUAGAAUAAAAGGGAAUGUGUUUGCUUUGGCUGUAUAAACAAUGAUUUCAUUUUUUUUUAUUAAAUCCUUUAACAAUG